AUGACUAGUGUUGUUUCGUCCUUGGCGCUGGUGCUGGUGGUCCACGAGAUUGGUGGUGCAGUGCUGGCGCAGGCAACUGAUUAUACACAAUAUGUCGAUCCAUUCCACGGCACCGAAAAUGGCGGCAACGUCUUCCCCGGCGUCGUUCCAGCACCCUUCUCCGUAGUCAAGCUCGGCAUCGACGUCUCGUCGGGCACCACCGACGCCUACUCGGGCUACCUGCCGACGGGCAACGUGACCGGCUUCAGCAUGCUCCACGAGAGCGGCACGGGAGGCGCGCCGAAAUACGGAGUCGUCUCCCAGCUGCCCGUCGUUGCUGCUGGUAGCUCUUCAUCCGUGCCGAUCAACCCCCUUGCCGACCUCGGCGUUGCGCGCGCUGCGAUGGACGACGCCGAGGUCGGCUACUACCGCGCGAGCCUGGCGAACGGCGUGACGGUCGAGCUGGCCGGGACGGACCAUGCCGGGUUGUAUCGGUACACGUUCCCCGCUGGCACGAAUGCGUCGGCGGCGGUGGUGGUAGAUGUGUCGCAUGUGCUGCCGUCGUUCAGGGGGAUGGGGUGGGGGCAGGAGUAUGCGGGUGGAGAGUUUGAGAUUUUUGAUGAUGGGCAUUACGAGGGGAAAGGGACGUAUAAUAAUGGCUGGAAUCUCGCACCGAACUGGGACAUUUAUUUUUGUGGUAGGUUCAACACUACAGCGACGAGUAGCAAGACGUUUUCCGGAAGCGGGACCACUCUUGACCAGUACGGGAAAGAGUCGUCUGUAUCCGGUUCUGAGCGUUUGGGAGGCGUUUUUGCGUUUGACGAAACUACUGUCCAGUCGACAGUUGGCAUUUCGUUCAUCUCGUCAGAUAAAGCCUGUCAGUUCUUGGACGAUGAAUUGCCGUCUGAUACCACUUUGGAGUCUCUGGUCGCUGCGUCUAAGGAAACAUGGAACGACCAGGUCUUUUCAAAAGUCACGACGACAGAGACGGAUCCAGAGUUCCUGACGCAGUUGUACUCAAGCUUGUACGGGAUGCACCUGAUCCCGUCCAACCGCACUGGAGAGAAUCCCUUGUGGGAAUCUGAUGAGCCGUACUACGACGACUGGUUUACGCUCUGGGACUUGUUUCGCUGCACGACGCCGUUGAUGCAUGUCCUCCAACCAGAGGCAUACGAGGAACAGAUUCGCUCAUUUAUUGACAUCUGGAGAAAUGAAGGCUUCAUGCCUGAUGCGCGAUCAUCGAAUUGGAACGGUCGUGUCCAAGGCGGGACCAACGCUGACAAUGUUCUCGCUGAUGCGUACGUGAAGGGCGUAAGAGGGGCCAUCAACUGGGACGCGGGCUACGCUGCGAUGCUCACCGAUGCGGAGAAGGUGCCAGCGAAUAGCAACGAUCCGUCGACAGCGCCAGACGUGUCGUCGACGAAGGAGGGGAGGGGAGCGCUGCCAGAUUGGCUCCAUUACGGGUGGAUCACGCCCACGUAUUCACGAGCUGUGUCUAGAGCGGUGGAGUAUUCGGCGAAUGACUUUGGCCUCUACCAAGUGGCUUGCGGAUUAGGCCGGGAUGACGACGCCACGAAGUAUAUUCGCAGAUCCCGCAAUUGGCGAAACCACUGGAACUCCAACGCUACGGCGCUGGGGUUCAGUGGCUUCGUUGUCCCGCGCAACGCCGACGGGACGUUCGUGGAGCAAGAUCCCCUCUCGUGUGGUGACUGCUACUGGGCGUCUCCGUACUAUGAGGACAAUCCGUACACGUACAGCUUCAAUGCGAUCCACGACAUGGAUAACCUGAUAAGCCGGGCGGGAGGCUCAAGCACGUUCGUCAAGCGCUUGGACGCGUUCUUCUCGCAAAAGCUGUACAACCCGGGGAACGAACCGAGCUUCACGACGCCGUACCUUUACAACUACGCGGGCCGACAGGAUCUCACGGUCCGGCAGAUCCGCACGACCGGAUACAACAGCUAUAACGCGGGGCGGGGCGGAAUUCCGGGCAACAGCGAUGCGGGUGCGAUGCAGAGCUGGAUCCUCUGGAACAUGAUCGGCCUUUACCCCGUGACCGGGCAGACAACCUUCUUGGUGGGCAGCCCGUGGGUUGAGCAGCUGACGAUCUCGCUGGGCGAUGGUAAAUCCCUCAACAUCACAUCCAACGUGGAUGCGGCGACGCAGCGCGGGCAGGGCGCCUACUAUGUGCAGAGCUUGACGGUAAACGGUGAGGCAUGGGACAAGUCGUGGGUCACAUGGGAAGACGUGUUCGCGGAGGGUGGAGAGAUGGCGUUCGUACUUGGCACCACGCCACAAAACUGGGCUACUGGCGAUGCGCCGCCCAGCCCAGCAUCUCAUGCCUCCGCCUGA